ACUGUUGAAGCAGUAACGGAGAACUCCUUCCUCCGCUCCGCUUACCUAUGCAAACAAACAGAAACCACCCAGACUCUUAAUUCAGACGACUGGUUGUUCGACAGAAGAAUUAAACAGGCAGUCCUACAACAUCUUCGAGAUGGAGGCAGCGCCGGGUGGUCUCGGGCGAUGUUCUUGCGCGUUCUGGCUCGCCGUGGCUUUCGACGUUCUUGGUCUCAGCAUAUUAUUGCUGGGCGUAUUCGGAGAUUUAUUUUUCUACGACUUUCUUAUAUAUGCAGGCGCCAUUAUCAUUUUUCUGAGCCUCAUUUGGUGGGUGUUCUGGUACACGGGUAAUAUUGAGGUGCCACCAGAGGAGCUUGAGGAUGAUGUGGGUUUGUUGAAGAAGGGCAGAGGUUUGGCAGGAGUUGUCAGGAGGUUCUCCAGUCGCCUCUCAAGCGGAAUCAGGAACUCUCUCAGGAGAAAUGGGGUGACCCGAGGUCAAGGUGCAGCACCCGGUCAAGUAAAGCACAGAAGAGAAGGCACUCGUCCAGUACCAGUAGCUCUAGCAAUGACCUCUCAGGAUAACCUGAGCACUGUGUCUGCAACAGUGACUGGAGAAACACAGGCCAUAUGAUCCGUCAUGUACAGGUCACAGAAGAGGACAUUCAACCAUAUGGCAUUGCCUAAGCAGAUUUUUUUCACUUUUUUUAUAUUAAUUUUUUUUGUCUUAUUUUUUGUGAAAAUUUUGUGAAAAAGUGAACUGCAAUUGUUUUUUUUUUUUGUUUUUUUUUUUACUGUUUUUACUGAUUUGAUUAAUCUUGUGUUUUAUGAUUUGUACCACACACUGUUUUGAAAUUAUGCACUGACAAGAAUGGCUGUAUGACCAAAAAAAUAAAAUGAUGUAUUUUCCUAAAUAUAA